CUCUUUCUCCUUUCAACAACUAAAGCAUUGUUAAAUUCACCCAAUUUCCUUUUAGUCCCACCCCCAAAAAUUUCAUUUCCCACCCUCUCUUCAUCAACAAAUUUGAUGUCUUUGUUUUACCUUUGAUUGUUCUUUUACCUCUUUGUCUCUUUUUCCCCUUUUCCUUUUAGCUCAUCUGGGCAUGGGGUUUUGAAUGAUUUUAUCACUUUUUUUUUUUUAAGAAUCUUAAAGAGGAAGUUGAGUUGUAAUAGUGAAGAAAGAUUGGUUUUUUUUUUUGUUUUUUACCGUCAUUCUUUUGAUGAUGAUGAUGGGAUUAGUGGUGAAGAACAAGGAAGAGGAAGCUGCCCUUUUGACCAGAGAAAGACAUUAGAUAAAGCAAAGCAACAAUGAAAAGCAAAAGAAUGGGGAAGACAAAAUGUCCCCUUUGAUUGCCAUUCAAUGAAACACAAAAGGUGUGUUAUAAAAUAACAAAAAAAAAACCCUUCCUUCCCUUCUUCAUUAUCUUUCUUUUUGUGUGAAAAAAAAGGGUCUUUGUUUGUUUGUAGUGUUGUAUUUGCAAAAAGGGUAUUUCAAAAUGCCAAUGUAUCAACCAUCUAGUAGAAGGGAAGUUGAUAGUCAAGUUCUAGAUCUAGAAACAGCUGUUAAAGAUGGUGUUUUAGGUGGUGGUGGUGGUGGUGGUGGUGGUGGUGGUUGUGGUGUAGUAGCCACUGGUUUUGGUUCAGAGAAAUUGGAUCUAAAGCUAAUGAUUGAAGAGCUUGAACCUAUGGAUGUACCAAUGGUGUUCAUAUGUCCAAUUUCUUUAGAACCAAUGCAUGAUCCUGUUACCCUUUGUACUGGUCAAACUUAUGAGAGAUCCAAUAUUCUUAAAUGGUUCUCUUUAGGUCAUUGUACUUGUCCUACCACUAUGCAAGAGCUUUGGGAUGAUUCAAUGACACCAAACAAGACACUUCAACAGUUGAUUCAUAGUUGGUUUUCUCAAAAGUAUUUGGCUAUGAAGAAAAGGUCAGAGGAUGUACAAGGAAGGGUUAAAGAGAUUUUGGAGAAUUUGAAGAAAAUCAAGGGUCAAGCUAGAGUUCAAGCUUUAAAAGAGCUUAGACAAGUGGUUCAAGUUCAUGGGACGGCUAAGAAGACUGUUGUUGAAAAUGGAGGUAUUGGUUUGAUUUCAUCUUUGUUAGGGCCUUUUACAACUCAUGCUGUUGGUUGUGAGGUAAUUGGUGUACUUGUUAACUUGAACCUUGACUUGAAUUCUAUGUCUGAUUUGUUGCAACCAGCUAAAAUAUCUUUAAUGGUGGAUAUUCUAAAUGAAGGGUCUGUUGAGACUAAGAUAAAUUGUACUAGAUUGAUUGGAAUGUUGAUAGAAGGGACUGAUUUUGCUUCCCAAAAUGUUGCAAGUUUGAGUCUUUUAGUCGGAUUGUUAAGGCUAGUGAAAGACAAGAAGCAUCCAAAUGGUGUAGUAGCUGGUUUGAAUUUGCUUAAAACCAUUUGUUCGCAUGAACCUGUUAGGAACUCAUUUGUCAAUGUUGGGGCAGUUCCUCAAUUAGUUGAGUUGAUACCUGGUUUGAACAAUGAAUGUUUGGAAUUAGUCCUUCAUAUAUUGGAGCUUUUGUCAAGUACACCUGAAGGAAGAUUGGCUUUGAAAGAUUGUCCGAGUACUAUACCGAAUGUGGUGAAACUAUUAAUGAAAGCUUCGGAAAACUGUACUCAGCUCGCGUUAUCGAUAUUGUGGUCCAUUUGUAAGUUUGCACCAGAGGAAUGUGCUUCACUUGCUGUGGAUGCAGGUCUCGCCGCAAAGCUCCUUUUAGUUAUACAAAGUGGUUGCAAUCCCGUAUUGAAGCAACGAUCGGCCGAGUUGUUGAAACUAUGUAGUCUCAAUUACACAACUACGAUCUUCAUUUCCAAGUGUAAGCUUACAAGAACAAUUCAAUGAAGGGCAAAAUUUUGCAGCUUGUCGAUAUACACAUGACUUCCAUGACAAGUGGAGGGUGACAAGCUUUUCCGGGUUUGAAGAACUUGGAAUGGAAUCAAUCGGGGUUUCCGAGGUACCCUUUGCUCUCUUGUGUAUACUAAUGAAUUUUCACUAUAUAAAUUGUUUUCACAUGAGGUAGCAACAUAAUGAGGGGGGUUUUGAACUUACAGAAAAGUUGUGUUAGUUUACCAAAAUUCAAAAUCUCUUGUAUGUAAGCUCAAGUUUUCUGUUGAUAAAUUUCCAAUAAUUUUCCAACAAGGUCUGUGAUUCAAUCUAGUUUUAUGUCAAUGGUUGCUUUGUUGUUGUUCCAAUCUACAUGAAGAGAAAAUGCAAGUGUAAAACUCAUACAAAUGAAAAAGCUUAGAAGGGAUUCCUUUUA